AGGAACUUGAGUACGACUACAGGGCAGCAUGUCUAAUAUUGCUAAGGUUCUUUCUAGGAGGCUGGAUAGAGGAGAAGGACUGGGAACAAAUGAGAAGGCGAUUCCCUACAACAAGCAAGACUACCAGACCCUGAAGCAGGAGUGUCUGGCGAAAAACACCCUGUUCUGUGACCCGACCUUCCCUGCUGAUUCAGGCUCUCUGGGAUACAACGAACUCGGACCGCAGUCCCCUAAGGGCGCAGGAGUGCAAUGGAAGAGACCUAAGGAGCUGUGCUCAAACCCUCAGUUCAUUGUGGAUGGAGCCACACGGACAGACAUCUGCCAAGGAGCUUUAGGUGAUUGUUGGUUGAUGGCGGCUAUUGCAUCUUUGACUAUGGAAACUGAGUUUCUGAAACGUGUAGUUCCACAUGGACAGAGUUUUACAGAGAACUAUGCCGGCAUCUUUCACUUUCAGCUCUGGCAGUGUGGUGAAUGGGUGGAUGUUGUCAUUGACGACCGGCUGCCCACCAAAAAUGGGAGACUGCUGUUUGUUCAUUCAGCUGAGGGCUCUGAGUUCUGGAGCGCCCUGUUGGAAAAGGCCUAUGCAAAGGUAAAUGGCUCAUAUGAAGCUCUGACAGGAGGCCUGACCAAUGAGGGUUUUGAGGAUUUCACUGGAGGCAUCGCUGAAACCUAUGAUCUGAAAAAAGAUUCCUCACACCUGUUUAAGCUCAUGCAGAAAGCACUGACUCAAAGAUCAUUAAUGGGCUGCUUCAUUUCUGCAAGUUCGCAGGAGAUGGAGUCGAAAACGAAUCUGAAGCUGGUGAAGCUUCAUGCCUACUCCGUCACAGGCGCAAAGGAGGUUCAUUCCAACGGCCGUCUGGUUCAGCUGGUGCGUAUCAGGAACCCGUGGGGUCAGGUGGAGUGGACGGGCCCUUGGAGUGACAAUUCCAAAGAGUGGAACAGUGUCCAACCGGAGGAGAAAGCUAAAUUGGUUUAUUCAGCUGAAGAUGGGGAGUUCUGGAUGGCGUUUUCAGACUUCAUACAGCACUUCUCCGUUUUGGAGAUCUGUAAUCAGACUCCAGAAGCUCUUUCAAGUGACACUGCAAGCUGCUGGAAAUACAACCAGUUUCAAGGUGACUGGAGGGUGGGAUCCACCGCAGGGGGUUGUAGGAACAAUCCAGAUUCAUUCUGCUCAAACCCUCGGUUUGUGUUCAAGCUGGAUGAAGAAGAUGAUGAUCCUUAUGAUGGAAAAGAUGGCUGCACAGUCCUAGUGGGUCUGAUGCAGAAAGAUUUUCGCAAAGUCAGACGUUUUGGAAAAACCCCGAACACCAUUGGCUUCGGUAUCUAUAAGGUUCCAGAUCAGUUCAGGGGUCGCAAUAACAUUAAUCUCGGUCCUGAUGUCCUGCUGCGUCUGCAGCCCAUUGCUGGGUGCAAAAGUUUCAGCAGCACGCGAGAGGUGAGCGAGCGCUUCAAACUGCCUACAGGUGAAUACAUCAUCAUCCCCUCCACCUUUGAGCCUAAUCGCAAUGGAAGCUUCGUACUGCGUGUGUUCACAGAGAAAGAGGUUGCUGCCAGCCUGAUGAAUUCAGAGAUUAAUGCAGAUGUGAAAAAGCAAUACAUAUGUGAGAGUGAUUUGAAACCAGAGUUCAAAGAAUUUUUCAACCAGAUUGCCGGAAACGACUCAGAGGUGUCUGUGUUUGAACUAAAGCAGGUCCUAGACGUUGCUUUGUCAAAACGCACUGAUGUGAAGAUGGAUGGAUUUAGUAUGGAAACCUGUCGCCACAUUAUCAGCCUGCUAGAUAAAGAUGGCAGCGGCAAACUUGGCCUUGUGGAGUUUCACAUACUGUGGAUAAAGAUCCAGAAAUAUUUGGAGGCUUUUAAGAAGCAUGAUAAAGACAACUCAGGCACUAUGAGUUCCUAUGAGAUGAGAGAUGCUGUGAACGAAGCAGGGUUCCAGCUGAACAAUGAGGUACUUCAGGUGGUAAUCUCACGUUAUGCCAACCAGCAGUACGCCGUUGACUUUGAUUCCUUUGUUGGCUGUCUGAUUCACCUGGAAUUGCUGUUCAAAAUGUUUAAAACAUUUGAUAAGAAGGACACUGGGAAAAUCGAGCUGGAUAUCCUGCAGUGGCUCUGCUUGGCCCUCAGUUAAAAAUCCAUUCACCAUUACUGCAUCAGAAAUCAAUUCAGCUCCUGAAAUUGAACUGAAGAGGAUGCAGCAGACCUGAAAUACCCAAGAGUAAAACCAACCAAAGAUGGGUAUUAUAUAAACUUGGAAUUGCUUUAAAAAUGUUGUUUGUCUACGGUGCUUCUACUGAAGAAUUGGCUAUAAUAAAGAUGACUAAAUCACUUGCAUGUGUAAUAAAUCUCCACUGCAUGCAAGUUUACUGAACCCAAGUGCAGAACCCAAAAUAUAAACUCACCAACAGCAGUUAGUGAACAAAGCUAAACAAAGACAAUCAUAUUCUUUUGUUUUAUGGUGAGACACAGAUCAACUUUAAAGGUGGAUAUAGCGCCACCCACUAUAUUGGAGUGGAAAAUGUUUUUCACAAUUGCUAGGACAUAUUUCUCAAUACUUUUUCACUUGUCAAUUUUUCAAAACUCUUCACACAGCAAGCAAAACGUCAGUCUACUGCUUCAUUUUAAAAGACAUGUGAGGCAUUUUGCAUUUUGUGUGCAAUUUUUAGAUUUUUGUGUAGAGCUUUGAAAAAAAAAGAGUGUUUAAGCAGUUGAAACAAACUGUAGAUUUUCUACCGUUUGCGCUACAUUUUCUUUGCAUUUACAAACCUCAUAUUUAUCACUUUAUUCAUAUGAAAAGAUGUAUUAUUUGUGUGUUGUGUGUUCUAACUGAAGGAUCUAAGAAUCCUCAAAUGCAACACUUUCUUUCAUUUAUAUUCAUUUAUUCUUCAUUCAUUCAUCAUUUAAUAUUUUUAAUUGAAUAAUCAUUUAUAACGAUAAUUUUAACCAUUUAUAUACUCAUUUCAUUGAUUCAUUAAUUGAUUAGUCAUUUAUAUUAUAUAACUUUUUCCAUUGUUGUUUAAUCUUGUAAACGUGUUUCAAAGGCUGUUUGUCUUCAUGAAUAAGAAAAACGAGGGAAUGGAAAUUUAUGUGAUGUUGUUGUGGAGCAGUUUGGUAUAAUACGACUUGUUGGAUUUGUGUUUGUAAGAUGCAGUCUGAGCAUUGAAACAUAUGCAACUAAGA